GUAUGUCUUUUUCGAUUCCAAGCCUUCUUCUUUCGUAGCUGUUGCAAUUUAGUAUAAUUUGUUUUUGAAGCUUCCAUGGCUGUUAGAUUUAAUAAUAAUUGAAAUCAAUCUACUACUCUCAGUAUAGAAUGCUCGAAAGUUUGAACCUUUGAUCUCGAUUUCUUCAAUUCCAAGACGUGGAGGAACGUCUGGUAACAAAUUCAGGAUGUCACUUGGUCUGCCCGUUGCAGCCACAGUGAACUGUGCAGACAACACUGGUGCUAAGAACCUUUACAUCAUCUCUGUUAAAGGAAUCAAAGGUCGUCUCAAUCGGUUACCUUCUGCUUGUGUUGGUGACAUGGUUAUGGCCACUGUCAAGAAAGGUAAACCAGACCUCAGGAAAAAGGUUCUUCCUGCUGUGAUUGUUAGGCAACGUAAGCCAUGGCGCCGAAAGGACGGUGUUUUCAUGUACUUUGAAGAUAAUGCUGGAGUGAUUGUGAACCCUAAGGGAGAAAUGAAAGGUUCUGCAAUUACUGGACCUAUUGGGAAAGAGUGUGCGGAUCUCUGGCCAAGGAUUGCUAGUGCUGCUAACGCCAUUGUCUGAAGAUCAUUUAUCACUUUUGCUGGUUAUGUAUCUGUCUUCAACGAAACGCGAAAUAGUUGGUGUUUUGAGUGUUUUAAGUAGAGACGACAAUCUUUUGUGAGCUUCAGACAUAUUUCCAGUUUCUAAGAGAUUUUGCUUAGAUUUUUCCAGUUUCUGAUUUUGUGAAAAUCAAUUGCUCAGAGGUGACUAUUAAUAGGUCAUAAAAAUGAGUUAUAAAGUCGAAAAUUAUGUGCAGAAGAAACUCUUACAAAACCAGAAUAUCAUGAAGGUGAAAAUUUGGAGGCAGCGAAAUCAUGUGGUCUACAAUAUUUGGAGGCAGCGAAAUAAUCUGCUUCACAAUCUUCAGCGUCUUGCUCCGGCCCUCAUCUUCAAGUUCAUUGACCGCGAGAUUCGAAACAUCAUCACCUCGAGAAGGCACCGGGCGCGUUGGCGGUCGUUAAUGCUUCUUUGGAUCCGUUAAUCCACCCAAAUCUUACGUAACUCUAUUGUAAUCUUGUUUUACUUUUUUGCCAAGAUUGCUUUGGUUUGGUUUUGCUCUGUAAAAUCACAUUGUUCAUUCUAAUGAUAUUAACAAAUUUAGCAAAAAAAAA